AUGGGACUCAAUGGCCUCAUCCCAGUAGAUGAAGAAGAGGAUGUCAUAUACACCAAAGAUGCAGAGAAUGAUGUUAGACAUCGGGUGCGGGCCAACAAUGUUAGGAGUCAAUACCAAUUAAAUAUUGAAGCACACUUUUACGACCAAGUGUUGCAAGAUGAUGCAAUUAUAGCUGUUGAUAUUUGGCCACCAUCAGGGAUAGACUUACUUUAUGUUCCAAAACCACAAGGGUUAGAGUUACCCCAUGUCCCAGACUUAGAAGAUGAAGCAUAUUUGGAACUCAUGGACCUUGAUGCUCUGUCUGUUGAGUUUGUUGAGUCUGCUGCCUCAGUGGUUAUCACUGGACCACAAAUAGAAAAGUCCAAUCCAACUGUCAUCAACCUGAGUUCUGAUGAUGAGAAUGAAUAUCCUGAGCAUGUUAUCCCUCAUCUUGAAAUUAUAGAUAUUAGUUCUGAUGAUGAAUAG